AUGGUGCUCGCGCGUGUUCUCACGGGCUCCGUUCGUCGCGGAGCAGCGAGAUCCUGCCCCGUUUCUCUCCCCGUUCGCUUCUCACCCAGUUCCACUCGCUCCGCUAUUAACACCACUUCUCGCGCCGCAUCCCAUGCUCGUAGCGGAGCAGCAGCGCUGCGUCCUAUAGCGGGGAUGCCGCCGCUCCUGCCUUUCGCAGCAGCGGGUGCUGUUGCGUCAUCGUCGACGCUAGCAGGAGUCGCCGGCGGGGCGGUAGUAGGGUCACGCAGCGGCGUGGUGUGCCGGGAGCAGGUGGCGGAGGGAUUGGAGUCGUCGCCUUCUGCUCCCGCUGAACAUGUGUCUGAACAGCCGUCAUGGCAGCUGGAGAAGAUAUGGAGAGGAUUGGAGGAGCUUGAGCGGGGCAAGGCAGCAGAGUUGGUGCUACUACGAGGCGAGCUGGUGACUGUAAGGGGGGAGUUGCUAACAACAAGGGGGGAGCUGGCGACUGUGAACGGGAAGUUGGACGCAUUGAAAGGGACUUUAGAAACGAGAAAGUUUUUGGAUGAGGAGGAGGAGGAGGAUGUGGAGGAGGAAGAGGAGGAAGAGGAGGAAGAGGAGGAAGAGGAGGAAGAGGAGGAAGAGGUGAAGGGGCUAAGGAAAGGAGUGAGUUCGGAUUUUUUUGCCGCAGCUGUGCAGUCCCCCCCAGCACCGAAGCAUGUGGAGUUUGACGUGGAAGAGGAGCUCAGGAUGCGGAAAGGGGCAUAUAAAACGGUUUGGCAGGUGAGAGCGAGAAUGGUGACCCCCACCGCCACCGCCACCACCGCUGCUACCGCCUCCUCCUCCGCCGCUCCCACCGCCACCACCUCCGCCUCCGCCGCUCCCACCGCCCCCGCCGCCGCCGCCUCCGCCGCUGCCACCAGAGCCCCCACCUCCCCCACCACUCCCACCGCCACCCCCACCCCCUCCACCGCCCCCACCGCCCCCACCGCCACCACCGCCGCCCCCGCCCGCUCUCCCAGCACCCUUGCCCCCCUUGCUCUUGCCGGUACGGCAGCAUGA